AUGUUGUCCAACAUCAGCUUGAGUACCGCUCCUGACCUGGUCGCUCUCUAUGGCCUGGUGCUGCAGUUCUUAGUGCCAGCAGAAAGCACAGUGUUUUAUUUUAAUCCAGGGACUGCCGCAUGCGAUUUGGAUAAGCUUUUAAUGUCCAACAUAACUAGAAAUCCUCAAAUUAUUUGGCAAGAGAACGAACUCUAUCCGGCACUUUAUAAACGGCAUGGCUGCAACUUAUUUGUAUUGGCCUGUCUCUCUGGAAACUCUUUCCAUUCCCAAUUUGAGGUCUUGGCCACCACCUUGACUAGGCUGAGGAGCGUUAGAAUAUUGAUCGAGUUCGAAGGCGAGGAAUCCUCCGUACGGGCCACCCAAGUCCUGACCUUUUGCCUGAAGUACAGCGUUUUAAAUGUAGUGAUGUAUUUCAAAAAUUGGAGAAAUUCCUUGCAUAUCUACAGCUAUCAGGCAUUUCCAAAAUUCGGUCUCAUCAAACAGCGUAUAUCAAAGGAUCGUGUACCAUUGAUAUUUCCUUACCAGUUGAGGGAUCUGAAGGGCUUCAAGCUACGGCUUCAACCGGAUCUCUCACCUCCAAACACUUUUCGUUAUGGGAGUCAUGGCGAAAAAAUGUCCGGAUACCUAUGGCAGUAUUUCGUCGCCUACGCUAAAAACUUGAACGCCGGCGUCCAUAUGGUUUAUCCAAGCUUUCCCAGAAGAAAAACCUCGGCCAGCGACUAUAUGAUACUGUAUACUCGAAAUGGAUCUGUUGAUUUUGGCCUGACCACAGUCAUGAUAAGGUAUAAGUACGUCGAGAGAGCCGCAGACUACAGUUAUCCUUUUAUGUUCUUAAGCUGGUGUACUAUGGUCCCUUCAGAACGUAUUUUAAAAAUACCAGCUCUGUUCGAUCAUGUACUUACCUUAGAGUCGGCUAUUUUUCUGCUGUUAGGAUAUCUUAUAGUUUUUUUGGGUAUUCCCCCCAUGGUCAAGUACUUAGGAAUAAAAUGCCGUGGACGGAUGAUGAGGCUGGUCACGAGGCUUUUCACAUUAAUCCUGCUCAGCGCCUGCUACGCCCAGUUAAUAUCCUUGCUGAUUCUUCCUCCACUGGAGCCACGCAUUCGAAGCUUCGAUGAAUUACUGGCCUCGGGGCUGAAGAUUUUUGGAAUGCGGAACGAGUUUUAUUACCUGGAAGCUGAUUUCCGGGCCAAGUAUGCUUCAGUUUUUCACCUCUCCGACAAUCCAAACGAAUUGUAUGAUAAUAGGAACUUUUUCAACACCAGCUGGGCCUACACCAUUACUUCCAUUAAAUGGCAGGUAAUCAAAGCCCAGCAGCAGUACUUUUAUCACCCAGUUUUUCAGCUAAGCAAGGACCUCUGCUUCCAAUGGGAUUCGCCCUCCGGCAUACUUAUCGCCCCGGAGUCCAUUUUCAGGGACUCGCUGAAGCAGUACAUCUUGAAUGUGGCCCAGUCUGGUCUAAUGCGUCAGUGGCUCAUCCACAGCUUCUAUGACAUGGUGCGGGCUGGCCGCAUGACCAUUAAGGAUUACAGCACAACGUGGUCACCUCUACCUCUCCGGCUCGAGGACCUGCGGAUGUGCUGGAGGAUCUGUGGGAUAAGUCUCAUCAUCUCUGGCAUAGUGUUCGUCAUCGAACUACUGAUAUUCUACACUAACGUGUUUCUCAAUAGCUUGUAGAGCCAGGCUCUGUCAUUUUUCUCGGCAAAUAAAAUAAAUGCAAAUUGUUCACCAGGAAGACACCGCAAAGACACGACGGGAGCCACGAAAUAAGACUCCGACUCAACUCCGAGUGCGAUGUAAGAAACAAGCUAACCGCAGCAGAUCUACCAAAUUAUGUAAAAUCCAACACUAGAGAAGAGGUCCAGCACCAACAAUUUGUGGCCUAGUGGCUUGGAGGGGGUGUUCGAUGUCUUUUUAUUUUGCUUGGAUUUUUUUGGCUAGGACUGUCUGAGUCGCUGGCCCGUUUUGAUUAACAUAAAGCGAAUAAUAGACAUCGACUGGCGGCAGCGUGAACAAAUUUGAUUUCACGAUUUUGCACUAUUUGCCCAAAGAAGCCAACCAACACCUGCAACUGCAACAUCGGCAUCAACAAGCUGCUUUCUGUAAUUUUGACAGCUGAAGAUGCAUUUUAGCUUCGUUUCAGUUGCUGUCAAUGAUAUGUUGCAAUAUUCCACAUCUCAAUUACAAAUGGAGUUCACCUGUGGGUCUUUCAAAACAAAAUUAUAGCUUGAAAGCUUUUGUUAGUUUUUAGGACGCAAUAGACAUAAAGAAGCUGCUUAACUACUUGUAUAAGAUAUGAUCUAAUCGGAAAAUAAACUUAUGGUACUAUGCACAAAGUUU